GUGUCGAGCUGCUGCGCAUGCGCGAGCCGGGCGGCCGAACGCUAGCCCCCGGGACGGCGGGUCCUGCUGCGCAUGCUCGGCGGCCCCUGCCCGCCGCGACAGGUACCCAGCGGAGCAUCCGCAGCUCUGACCCGCAUCCCGCGCCUGGCCAUGACGGCGCACUCCUUCGCCCUCCCGGUCGUCAUCUUCACCACGUUCUGGGGCCUCAUCGGCAUCGCCGGGCCCUGGUUCGUGCCCAAAGGACCCAACCGCGGAGUGAUCAUCACCAUGCUGGUGGCCACCGCUGUCUGCUGUUACCUCUUCUGGCUCAUCGCCAUCUUGGCCCAGCUGAACCCCCUGUUUGGGCCCCAGCUGAAGAAUGAGACCAUCUGGUACGUGCGCUUCCUGUGGGAGUGACCAUCGCCUCCGUGGCCCCAGGUGCCCCAGCUGUCCGGAUGACCGUGGCUCCACUGUCCCUGAUGACCCUUUUGUCACCGUCGCCCCCCUCCGCCCCCCCAGCUGUGUCCGGUCCCUCUGGGCCCCCUCCCCCAAGACCUGCCGGGUUCUGGAAAGUCCCGCCUUCCCCAGCUCAG